AUGGAUUUUCACGGGACUGAGCGGAAAACCCGCUACACGCUGGUGGCACUGAUGGUGCUGCUCGUUCCGGCAAUUGUGGCCGAAAGUGCCGAUGUUGUCGACGGGAAGCCCAAAGCAGGCGACGAACCGGUCAGGAUCCAGCUCGAUCCGUUCAUGGAGCUGUGCCGGGGUACGUAUGAGCGGUCAGUCGCCUACACCAGUCUCCUGGUCUGUUGGCACGACGUCCGCAACGCGUACGGUGAGCUUGCGCCGACCAGGGUGGAGCUGCUCAACUACGAGCCGUUCGUCGUGUUGCUGCACGAUGUGCUGCACGAGGGAGAGAUCGCCCGUCUUCAGAAGCUGGGUGAGUCGAUCAUCAAGGUGUCCGGGUUGACGAACGACAGCUGGGUGCCGGUGUUCUACGACAAUCACCAGACGUUCACGUUGCACGAUCGGGACGAUACGGUGGUGAGCACGAUCACGCAGCGCGUCGAGCAGGUGACGGGACUGAGCUGCGAGACGGCCGAGGACCUGAAGGUGAUCUACGACGAGAUUGGCUCGUACAAGACGCUCGACAUGGACGUCAUCCAGACCCCGGAAGACAAGCGUCGGUUCGCCUACUCCGGCAACCGGCUCGCCACGGUGCUGUUCUUCCUGACCGAUGAGCAAGACGGCGGCUACACGAUCUUCCCGAAGCUGCGCCUCACCAUUCGCCCGAAGAAGGGUGCGGCCGCGAUGUGGUACAAUCUGAAGGAGACGGGCGAGCCGCACGAGCUCAUGAAGUACAGCAACUGUCCGCUGAUGGGUGGCUCAAAGUGGACGGCCAAAAAGAUCCUCCACACCCGCGGCAACGAGUUCCGUGAUCCGUGCCGUCCGAAAGCGCAACCGAGCGCCAAUUAG